AUGUCGACCGUCCCCAAAGCACGCCAGAGCAACAUCACGGGCCUUACCGUGACGCCCGAUGAAUGGGACUCAUAUCCCGAAAUAUCGCGCUCGACACUUCAGAAUUGCACAUUUAAAGAUCUCAAUGCGACGACCAAUAUCAACCGUACCACCAUGUCGGAGUCAACCGUCAUCCAAGAGCCAUCAUUAUCAUCGGAUAUAGCAACGGAAAAAUCAAAAGCGAAAAAAGGAGCGCUUAUAGAGCGUUCUACAGUCGAGAAUAGUCAAAUUCUCAACUCAGCGAACGUGCAACGCUCCGAGAUCAAUGGAUGCACAAUCACAGAUUCGAAGGUCGAAAGAAGCAAUUUAAGCAAUUGCAAUGUCUCGGCACGAUCUCACAUUGAGCGCACAACAGCCAAAACCACCAAAUUUGUCGGCCCAAAGACCGUGCAACGCUCAGAGCUUAGCGAUAGUGUAGUUCUCAGCCAGAGCGCCGUUGAAAGAAGUAUCAUACGCGACUCAGUGAUCGCCGACAAAGCUGUCAUUGAGCGAACGGAACUCAACACUGCUGUCGUUACAAGAAGUCGUGUGGAGCGCUCCAAGAUUUCGGAUUGUGAUAUUAUGGAUUGCGUUAUUGAGAGAACGGAUUUUCAGGGUAUGAUUUUGCAGUAUGGGAUUUGGAAAAGAGGGGAUUUGGUGGGGAGGACGUCGAAGGAGCAUGAGGUUGUGAUUAAGCCGAGACAGAAUUCGGUGCCUACAAGAGAGAAUGAGGAGUCGUCUGAAUCAGUACCACAAAUCGUGCAGGAUCCGGGGUCGGGGUGGAAGGCGGCUGAAGCAGAACGAGAGAGGUUAGGAGUGGAAAGUGACCACGAGGAGGACUCAUCGCCUGAUGACUUGGAAGAGUCAAGUAAUGAGGAUAUACCCGAUUCAUCUUCGAAGCGCAAAUUGAAGCACGCUCGGGGACAGGCUAGUGCUCAGUAUACGUCGACUUCGGCAAGCAUUGGGGCAGAUAUCCAUGAUCCCCCGCCACCUUAUGAACAGUAG